UUUAUCCUGCUUGCUGCCACCGCACAGUGUCAAGUUAAUCCAGAAAUGUGUCGGUAUCCGCUGGGUAUGGCUGGUGGGCAGAUUCAUGAUGAAGACAUCUCAGCUUCCAGUCAGUGGUCGGAGUCUACUGCUGCGAAAUUUGGGAGGCUCGAUUUCGACAACGGAGAUGGAGAUGGUGCCUGGUGCCCUGACAUUUUGUCAGAAUCAGACGGCCUUAAAGAAUAUCUCCAGGUGGACCUGCGCUCGCUUCAUUUCAUCACACUGGUGGGCACGCAGGGGCGCCACGCUGACGGAAUGGGUAAUGAAUUCGCCCAGCGGUACAGGAUCAAGUACAGCCGUGAUGGCAGUAAUUGGGUAGGCUGGAGCGAUCGAAAGGGCCAGCAGGUCAUCGAGGGGAACCGAAAUGCGUAUGAUGUGGUGCUUAAGGAUCUGGAGCCACCCAUUAUCGCACGAUACGUACGCUUCAUGCCGUUGACUGACCACUCACUGAUCGUGUGUAUGAGAGUAGAGCUCUACGGUUGCGAAUGGCUCGAUGGUUUGAUGUCGUACAGCAUCCCUGAGGGGCAUCAAAUGAUCUACCGAGGCUUGGAUGUCGUCUUCAAUGACUCUGUUUAUGAUGGCGCAAUCGCUGAAAACAAACUGACAAAGGGUUUGGGCCAGCUGAGCGACGGAACUUGGGGUCUGGAUGAUUUCUUCCACAGUCACAUCUACGGAAUGUGGCCGGGGUACGACUAUGUGGGUUGGAGCAACAGGAGUUUUCCCAGAGGUUACGUAGAAAUUAUUUUUGAAUUCGACCACGUGCGAAACUUCACCUCAAUGAAGGUUCACUGCAAUAAUAUGUACAGUCAAGGGGUUCGGAUGUUCAAACAGGCCAGCUGUUAUUUUCGAUCAGGCUCAGACUGGGAAUCUGACCCGGUGACCUUCAGGCCACCGGUCGACCACGUGAGCCAAAGAGCCCGUUUUGUCACCGUCCCUCUCGGAGACCGUACAGCCAUCGCCAUCAAAUGCCGUUUUCAUUUCGGUGACCUCUGGAUGCUGUUCAGCGAAGUUGCCUUCCAGUCAGGUUCAGCAGUGUACAACACCUCUUUGACUCCUCGAAAACAUGGACACCCAACAAAUAUGCUUCCAGGAGAGGAUCCGACUCACAAAGUGGACGACAGUAAUACAAGGAUCCUCAUUGGCUGCUUGGUGGCUAUCAUCGCUAUCCUUUUGACCAUCAUAGUUAUCAUCCUGUGGCGGCAGGUGUGGCAAAAAAUGCUAGAAAAGGCGUCACGGCGAAUUCUGGACGAGGAACUCACAGCGCGACUCGCACUUCAGACUCAGGCCUUUUCCUUCAACCGUUCCUCUUUGUCCUCCUCUCUUUCCACCUCUAUUUCCACAUAUGAGAGGAUCUUCCCGCUUUGCUCUGACUACCAGGAGCCUUCUCGCCUCAUUCGGAGACUGCCCGAGUUUUCACAUUUCAACGAACACUUGGGACCAAGCAGCUCAUACAGGGCUAUUGCAGCGGGUGGUUCUGAUGGUGCCCCACAUUAUGCAGAGGCAAACAUCGUCAGCCAGCAAGAGUCAGAGAGUAGCAGUGAUUCCAUUACAGCUGUUAACCUCAAUAUCUUUGCUGGUGUGGAUCCAUCCAUGAGAGAAUUCCCCAGAAACAAACUCACAUUCAAAGAGAAACUAGGAGAGGGCCAGUUUGGAGAGGUACACUUGUGUGAAGCAGAAGGCAUGCAGGGCUUAUUAGAUGAUGAAUCAUCUGGAGAAGGGAAUGAGGAUGCACCUCUGCUAGUUGCGGUUAAAACACUGCGUGAAGAUGCCAACAAAAAUGCAAGGAAUGAUUUCCUCGAAGAGAUCCGAAUCAUGUCUCGCCUGAGGGACCCCAACAUUGUCCGUUUGCGUGCUGUGUGUAUGGACACGGACCCUCUGUGUAUGAUCACUGAAUACAUGGAGAACGGAGAUCUCAACCAGUUCCUUUGCAACCUGAGACUAAAGGAGGUCGAGGAGAAAUGUGAGGCAGCAAAGGAGGAGAAGGAAGAGAAGGAUAUGGUCAGCUACAGCAAACUAAUUGACAUGGCCGUGCAGAUAGCUUCUGGCAUGAAGUACUUAUCUUCUCUCAACUUUGUCCAUCGUGACCUGGCCACACGAAACUGUUUGGUGGGGAAAAACUACACCAUCAAGAUCGCAGAUUUUGGCAUGAGUCGCAACCUGUAUCGCGGCGAUUACUAUCGGAUCCAGGGACGAGCUGUUCUGCCGAUCCGAUGGAUGUCUUGGGAGAGUAUUUUGCUGGGUAAAUUCACUAUGGCCAGUGACGUGUGGGCAUACGGGGUGACUUUGUGGGAGAUCUUAACGCUUUGCAAGAAGCAGCCUUACUCCGACCUUUCGGAUGAGCAGGUCAUUGAAAACACAGGCGAGUUCUUCCGAGACCAGGGCAAACAGGUCUACCUGCCUCAGCCACCACAUUGUCCUGAUAGUGUUUAUAAUGACCUGAUGCUAAGUUGCUGGAGGAGAAAUGCCAAACAGAGGCCGAGCUUUCAGGAUAUACACGGUCAAUUGGUUGCAUAA